AUGGCCUUCUCCAACCCCUGCAUCAUCCACGGCGUGUGCGGCAUCAACGCGGUGUGCCUCUACACGCCUUCACCGGCAUGCGUCUGCGCCCCCGGCCACGAGCGCGCCGACCGGAGCGACUGGAGCAGGGGCUGCCGGCCGACGUUCAGCAACUCCACCGGCGGCCGCGACGAGCAGGUGAAGUUCGUGGCGCUGCCGCACACCGACUUCUGGGGCUUCGACCUCAACAACAGCGAGUUCCUGUCGCUGGACGCGUGCGAGGCGCAGUGCACCGGCGAGCCGUCGUGCGUGGUGUUCCAGUACAAGCAGGGCAAAGGGGAGUGCUACCCCAAGAGCCUCAUGUUCAACGGCAGGACGUUCCCGGGCCUGCCCGGCACGGCCUACCUCAAGGGCCCCGCCGACUUCAACGUGCCGGAGCUGCACGUCCAUCAAUGGCAGACCGAUGAUGGCCUCGCCAUCCAGGAGGACAUUGCCGGAUGCGAUGCCGCGGCACCGGAGGUAGUCAUGCUCAACGUCUCCAGCACGGCGAAGAUGAGCAGCAACCAGGGCAAGUCACUAUGGUUCUACUUCUACGGAUUCUUGUCCGCCGCCUUCGUCAUCGAGGUGUUUGUGAUAGCGUUUGGGUGCUGGCUCUUCUCCAAGAAAGGGAUACUGUCCAGGCCAUCGGAGCUUCUGGCCGUGGAGGAAGGGUACAGGAUGAUCACCAGCCAUUUCCGGGCAUACAGCUACUCAGAGCUGCAGAGUGCCACCAGGAAGUUCCGUGCCAAGAUCGGGCAUGGUGGUUCGGGCACCGUGUACAAGGGGGUCCUGGACGACGACAGGACGGUGGCCGUCAAGGUGCUGCAGGAUGUGAGCCAGAGCGAGGAGGUGUUCCAGGCCGAGCUGAGCGCGAUCGGCAGGAUCUACCACAUGAACUUGGUGAGGAUGUGGGGGUUCUGCUCGGAAGGCGCGCACCGGAUUCUGGUCUACGAGUACGUCCACAACGGAUCACUGGCAAAUGUGCUGUUCCAAAGCACCGGAAAUUCCGGCAGGUUGCUGGGAUGGAGGCAGAGGUUCAACAUCGCCGUCGGCGUGGCCAAGGGACUGGCAUAUCUUCACAAUGAGUGCCUAGAGUGGAUCAUCCACUGCGACAUGAAGCCGGAGAACAUACUGCUGGAUGAUGAAAUGGAGCCCAAGAUCACCGACUUCGGGCUGGCGAAGCUGCUCAACAGAGAUGGGUCCGACUCGGGCCUGUCGCGGAUCCGAGGAACAAGGGGGUACAUGGCGCCCGAGUGGGUCUCCAGCCUUCCCAUCACUGAGAAGGUCGACGUGUACAGCUACGGAGUGGUGCUCCUGGAACUGAUGAAAGGGAAGAGGGUUUCAGAUUGGGUGGUGGAUGGGAAAGAAGGGUUUGAAACUGAUGUGAGAACUGUGGUUAAGAUGAUUGUUGACAGAUCGAAGCACAGCAAUGGAGGAUGGGUUGCGGACCUGGUGGAUGAACGGUUGGAUGGCGAAUUUAAUCAUGCGCAAGCUAAAAUAUUUGCCCAAUUGGCUGUCUCAUGUUUAGAGGAAGAUAGAAACAAAAGGCCCGGUAUGAAGAAUGUAGUGCAGACGCUCAUCUCUGCAGAUGAUGAGUCCAGAGAUAAUGAAUAUCCAGAAAUUUGA